GAAUGUAUCGCUUGUACAAGUUGCCUGUCACGUUCAGUUGCCGCAACUAGUGAUUCUCUGUUUUCUUACCUCAGUAUAGUUCGUGGUCUAAACAUCGAUAGGUGAAGGUCAAAUUAUAUUUUAGGUCAGGCCAAGGACAAGAAGAGCGCUGUCAGGAUAAGAGUAAAUUCAAUGGCUGCAUCUAAAUGUACGCGACUCACCGGUGCUUUGACCGGACAGUUACUGGACUCGGUGGACAAUGUGUUGUUUGAUUGUGAUGGCGUGAUAUGGAGAGGGGAUCAGGCCAUUCCCGGAGCCCCUGAGGUUAUUAAUUCAUUGAAGAAACAGGGAAAGCGUGUGUUUUUCGUCACGAAUAACAGCACUAAAACCCGAAAAAUGUAUGCCGAUAAAUUAAACAAGCUCGGUUUCGAUGCCACUGAGGACGAGGUGUUCGGUACAGCGUACUGCUCAGCGAUGUACCUCAAAAACGAAUGCAAAAUUCAAGGUAAAGUCUAUUUAAUCGGGAGCAAUGCGAUGAGACAGGAACUUGAGGCGGUGGGAAUCCGGCAGGUUGGUGUGGGCCCAGACCCCAUCUCAGGGGUCCAGAUUGACUGGGCUAAUGUCCCUCUAGAUCAGGAGGUCCAGGCUGUGCUGGUCGGGUUUGACGAACAUUUCAGUUACAUGAAGCUUAACCGAGCUCUGCAGUAUCUGUAUAAUCCUGACUGUCAGUUCGUUGGAACCAACACAGACACGAGGUUGCCUCUGGAGGGUGGCAAAGCUGUCCCGGGGACAGGGUGCCUCCUAAAGGCGGUGGAGACCGCUGCACAGCGUCAGGCUCAAGUGGUGGGAAAGCCCAGCAACUUCAUGUUCGAGUGUGUGGCCAGUAGGUUUGGUCUAGACCCAGAGAGGUGUCUAAUGGUAGGAGAUAGGCUGGACACUGAUAUUAUGCUAGGCUCAAACUGUGGCCUAAAGACCCUGCUGACCCUUACGGGAGUUUCAACUGUUGCGGAUGCAGAGGCAAACCAGAAGAGCGGAUGCCCACAUCGUCAGCGAAUGGUGCCGAACUAUUAUAUAGACAGCAUUGGUGAUCUUUUACCUGCACUACAAGCAGAAAAGUCAGUGUUUACUUAGGAUUUACACAUUUCAGAAGAUAUUAUUUUAGGGUAUACAUAUGGAAGAAAAUAACCUAUUUUAACAAAACAGUUGUGACUUUUAUUUAAAUAUGAGAAAUUAUGAUUUAAUAAACUAAUUGAUGCAAUGCCGUUUUCUCAUUCUAACCUCCUUCCUUACCUUUAUUUGUAAUCAUUGUGACUCCAUAUAACCAUGUUAUCAAGGCUUUAUUUCAAGCAGGUCUAUCUCUGUUUGAAUGUCCCACUGAAAUGUUUUUAUUUUAUUUUUUUAAGGUAAUAGAAGGGCAAUAAAGUGUUAUUGUUUUUAACUUGAGAACUUUUUGUCAGAGUACAAGGAUUCUAUAAACUGAGCUAUAAUUGUGUGCAUACCAAUUUAUGACAAGCUUAAAGAAAUGAAUGUAUUCAAUAAUACACUGUAUGUUUUCUGAUCAGUAACUUUCAGGUACUGGAAUGCAAUUAAACUUUAAAAAGUGCACUGUUUGUUUAUCAGAAUAAUUCUGUCCUGUUAAGUCACCGUGUAACAUGAUGCAUGAGAGAACAUUUGUAACUGUUAAUUUUUGCACUUUACAACUUUGUUGUCACUCUCCACCCAGGACUCUCAUGGUUUGAACAAAGUGUCUCAUAUGUGACUGAUCAAAUA